CUAGACGCGGAGUUCCCGCGAGAUUACAGCAAACCACAACUUCCGAUACCGCAAGCAGUUAGCAACAGCUACAGAGCAGAAAGCUCUCAUGGGAGCACAUGAAGAGGACUCUGUCCUGCUGCAGACUUUGACAAGGCCAUCAGUUCUUCACCAAGAACAUGGAGAAAAUGUCACGGGUUACCACCGCCCUCAGCAGCAAUACCAUCAGUGGCCGAACUAUGUUCUGCCACCUGGACGCUCCAGCCAACGCCAUCAGCGUGUGCCGUGACGCCACGCAGGUGGUCGUGGCUGGACGCAACAUUUUCAAGAUCUACGGACUUGAGGAGGAGCAGUUUGUGGAGAAGCUGAAUCUACGCGUCGGUCGCAAGCCCUCCCUGAACUUUAGCUGCGCUGAUGUCAUGUGGCAUCAGAUGGAGGAGAACCUACUGGCUACGGCUGCCACCAACGGAGCCGUGGUCACAUGGAAUCUGGGAAAACCUUCUCGCAACAAGCAGGACCAGCUGUUUACAGAGCACAAACGCACCGUCAACAAGGUGUGCUUCCAUCCCACGGAGGUUUACAUGCUGCUAAGUGGCUCACAGGAUGGCUUCAUGAAGUGUUUUGACCUGCGCAAGAAGGAGUCUGUUAGUACUUUCUCAGGUCAGUCGGAGAGUGUGAGGGAUGUGCAGUUCAGCAUGAAGGAUUAUUUUACAUUUGCUGCAUCCUUUGAAAAUGGCAACGUCCAGCUGUGGGACAUCAGGCGACCAGACCGCUAUGAGAGAAUGUUCACGGCCCACACUGGUCCCGUGUUCUGCUGCGACUGGCACCCUGACGACAGGGGCUGGCUGGCCACAGGCGGUAGAGACAAGAUGGUGAAGGUUUGGGACAUGACCACCAACAGGGCCAAAGAGAUUUACUGCGUCCAGACGAUAGCCUCAGUAGCACGAGUUAAAUGGCGGCCUGAGAGGAAGUUUCAUUUAGCCACCUGCUCCAUGAUGGUGGACCACAACAUCUAUGUGUGGGAUAUUCGCAGACCUUUCAUUCCCUUCGCCACCUUCGAGGAGCAUAAAGACGUGACCACUGGUAUUGUGUGGCGCCACCAGCACGACCCUCACUUUCUGCUCUCGGGCUCUAAAGACAGCACGCUCUACCAGCAUAUGUUCAAGGAUGCCACUCGUCCUGUGGACAAGGCCAACCCCGAGGGUCUGUGCUUUGGACUGCUGGGUGAUUUGGCCUUUGCAGCCAAGGAGAGUCUGAUCAGCAGUGACGCCAACAGAAAGCCCUACCCUGGAGGCGACCGCCGCUACCCCAUCUUUUUCUUCAAGAAGCCCGACCCGACAGAACAGUUUGCCCAUGUGUCCAGUGCUCUUAGCGUCUUUGAGACAGACUUGGACAGUAACCGCAUGGACUGGUUUGUCAAGACGGCACAACUCUACCUCCUCAGCGGCAAACCGUUUGCUGAACUGUGUGAUCACAAUGCCAAGGUGGCACAAGAGCUCAAAAGACCUCAGGUUUCCACUACAUGGACCAUGCUGAGAAUUAUGUUCUCUGACCCAGCGAACCUCACUGCGCCUGGUCCAAACCACAACCUCAGUAAACUCGGCACCUUGCCUUUAAUGAACAGUUUCAGUAUGAAGGAAAUGGGUUCGGGGAUGGGCACAGAGAGCAGACUGGAGCGCAGUAAAGGUGACAGCAGGCAGGACAACAUCCACCUGGAGCCUGGGAACUCGCACAUCAGCAAUAAUAAUGAAGAAAAUGAGGAGACAGAAGGCAGCGACGGCCAGGCUGAGUAUAUGUUUGGUGAUGCUGAGUUAGACGACGAUGACCUCUAUUCUGUGGAGCACGACAACCAAACAGAAGAACAGGAGUACGCGCUGCCCCAGGAGGCCUUCCAGCUGCGCCACGAGAUCAUGGACAACCCAUCUGCUCCGGAGCACCUUCAGCAGGACAAGGCCGACUCUCCGCACGUCAGCGGCAACGAGGCCGAAGUCACCUGUCUGACGCCCAUCGAGUCUUUCUCUCUCAUCUCCAUUUCCCAGCCGCUGUACAGCCCACAUCUGCCCGCCAGCUUCUUUUGCCCCAUCGUACGGGAGAUGCUGAGCUACUAUGCCGAGCAGGGCGACGUGCAGAUGGCCGUGUCCGUGCUCAUCGUCUUGGGGGACCGAAUCCGUAAAGAGAUAGAUGACCUCACGCAGGAGCACUGGUACAUGUCCUACAUAGACCUGCUGCAGCGUUUCGAGCUGUGGAACGUGUCUAAUGAGGUCAUCAAGCUGAGUACGUGCAGCGCCAUCACCUGCCUGAACCAGACGUCUACAACGCUGCACAUCAACUGCAGCAACUGCAAGCGACCGAUGAGCAAUAAGGGCUGGAUAUGUGACAGGUGCCACCAGUGUGCCAGUGUGUGUGCCGUGUGUCACCAUGUGGUGAAGGGACUGUUUGUGUGGUGCCAGGGCUGCAGCCACGGUGGACAUCUGGAGCACAUGAUGAACUGGCUCAAGAGCAGCGCUCACUGUCCUGCCGGCUGUGGUCACCUGUGUGAGUACACCUGAGCCAGUUACAGCUGCUCCUCUGUGGGAGAGGGGAAACACACCAGCCUGACUCACACACAAACACACACCACAGACAGACGGGAUGUCUCCGUCCCUGGAGCCUGGAGCGUUUUGUCACUGUGGAAAGAAGGAUGGCUUUGAAGUGAGAUUAGACCAGCGGUCUGAAAGAGGGGGAGGUUUCUGUGUGCUCUCCUGGACAGCCAUUCAAGAGCAAACACAAUCGCAUGUGAAUUCAUAUUUGCAUUUGAAUUGGUUCUUGAACCUCUGGUGGAUUUGUAUAAACAGAAGUUACAAAAGAUAUUCAAAGUUCACACUUGCUGCUUUUACAUUGUUUUUAAACCCAGAAGGCUGUACAAGAGGAAAUGUUAGCUCAUCAUAAGUGAAUUGUUAAUGUUUGUACAUAAGGUUUAUUUUGAAGUACUGUAGAUAAUGUUGCAUUAAUUUAUAUUAGAGAGAUAAAUGACUAUAUUCAAGCAAUACAUUAAAGCAAUACAUUUUGAAUUGACA